GUCGGAGUCAGAAGGUAAGUUGGUGGUUCUUCGUGAAAGUUUUGGAUUCAACAAUAAAACUGAAUCAGCUUAACUAUUACAACACCAUUUAUAUUUGAUUUACAACGAGAAUUGUGUGGAGAUAUCACUGUAAUUAACAUGCAGACCAUAAAGUGUGUGGUUGUGGGGGAUGGUGCUGUCGGGAAGACCUGCCUGUUGAUCUCCUACACAACCAACAAGUUCCCCUCUGAAUAUGUGCCCACGGUGUUUGAUAACUAUGCAGUCACGGUGAUGAUCGGUGGGGAGCCUUACACACUUGGCCUGUUCGAUACCGCAGGACAGGAAGACUACGACAGGCUGCGGCCCCUGAGCUAUCCCCAGACCGACGUCUUCCUCGUCUGCUUCUCCGUCGUGUCGCCCUCCUCUUUUGAGAACGUCAGGGAGAAGUGGGUUCCUGAGAUCUCUCACCACUGCCCCCGCACGCCCUUCCUGCUGGUGGGAACUCAGGUGGACCUCCGGGAUGACAGUAACACGGUGGAGAAGCUGGCCAAGAACAAACAGCGCCCCCUGCCUCCCGAGAGCGGUGACAAGCUUGCGCGGGAGCUGCGCGCUGUGAAGUAUGUGGAGUGCUCUGCCCUGACACAGAGAGGACUGAAGAACGUGUUUGAUGAGGCUAUCCUCGCUGCUCUGGAGCCCCCCGAGACCAAGCCCAAGAAGCGCUGCUCUUUGCUAUAGAGAGAGGAGUGGAGAAACGGAGAGAGACAGGCCAGGACGCCAGGGGGAACCGGGAGGGGUACAGUGUUCAGGGGAGAGGGGCAGAGUCAGUUUAGGAGCAAAAAAGAUGGGGGGGGAAAUGACUGCAGAAGGGAUGAGGGUUUAAUGCCAUUACAACAAAAAACAAGCAGACAUAUUUGUACUCUGUGCAUGCAGUACAUACUGAGAGAGAGGUUUGUCAGUGCUUGCCUAACGGCACAGUUCUCAUCCGAGAGAACGAGGAAGAACAUUCCUCGCGUCUCUCCUUUUUCUCCAGUAGACCGUUUUAAAAAUAAAAAAAUUAGUUUGUUUUAUUGCCUUGCCACAUAGAGGUUAGGAGGGAAGGGUGUGGAAUUAUUUUGGUUUACUUCAUGACCAGAAUUGAGUGAACCAUAAUUACAAACUGUAAACAAGCUGGCGGAGGAUUUGUUUUGCCUCCACCUGCUGGCUUAUUGUGGGAACUUCAAGUGCAUUUUCUCUUGCAAUCUACUGCCUCCUGCGGGCGGUACAGAGAACUGAAUUUAUUUUGUUCCUUUUUGAUGUAUUAUUAUAAUGUAUAUUAUAUUUUCUUUGUUUUGGGGAUUUUUAGUGGUUAUGCAUUUUGAAACUUGAGUUUUUAUUUUAUUAUUAUUUUUAUUAUUAUUUUAUGUUUUUUUUGCUAGUAUGUGUUAGAAUAACAUUUUGGUGGUGAGUUAUUCACAGUCUAAUGAUUAGUUAUUUGAAAUAACUGAUAAUAAUAAUAAUAAUAAUAAUAAUAAUAAGGAUCUUUUCUUAGAGAAUUUCUGGGUGUUUGUAAUCACAUAAUGUUUGUAAUAAAAAUGGUUUAA